CGCAAUAAUGCUAUGAGAUGAUAUUACAAAAUCCCUAUAAAUUGUUUGCCGUCAGAAUUAAUUAAUGUAAAUUAUGCUAGAUCAUUUGAAGUAUUUUACCAUAUAGAUGUAAAAAAAUAUUUGUGUAAUGUGACCCCAAAAUAAUUUUUUUGACAGUGUUGAAUUUUUUGAAUUGUGAAAUAGAAACGAAGUAAGAAGUACGGAUAGUUUUAAUAAACAAAGAAUGUGAUUUAUUAAAUUCCUAUACAGGAAUUAUUAUACAUGUCCAUGCAUACAAUUUUGUAGAAUCUCGAGCUCUGUUGAAUUGAAAGUUUUACAUAGGAAAAUAACAAAAUAUAAAAGUAAAAGAGAUAGAUAUAGUAUCCCUUUAAAAGUGUAAGAUAAUAAGUGACAAAAGGAUAGGAAGCGAAACAAAGCAUGAGAAGAGAUAAAGAUAAAUCAAGACAUAGAAGAAAUUCCCAAUAUACUUGAGCCGUGUGAAGUAGUUGCUAAUCUUUUGUCUGCCGAAUUUCAAAUGAUAUGUUGACGAAAAUUGUUAAAUAGUUAUCCAAAAAAUAUGUGUAAACCGUAAUGGAGAGAAACGUGGGUGAAAGUGUGAAAAAAUUGUGUUCAAUGAAAAUCUAUUAAUAAGAAGAAAAUUGUUGGCAAAUGUCUAGUGAUAAAGUGAAAAUAUUACAAAUACAUGCUCAUUUGAAAUAUAAAAUGUGUUAAGAGUAUUGUAAGAAUGAAGGAAAAACGGUUGGAAAAUACAUUUCACCACGACCUUCAUAUACGACCUUUACUUUCUUGACAGUAGUUCUUUUAAUGAAAAAAUCCUUUUCAUUGCGUUUUCAAAAACCCUUUAAACAAGUUAUUGCGAUACCUAUGAAAAUUAAAAUAAAAACUAUUAACUUGGUCCUUUCGGGAAAGUGAAAAAUCCUUUGAAAAUAAUUUWAUUAACAUUAACUCAGUCGGUGACGCCUGUAACAGCAGCAUUCAGCAGAAAAAAUAAUAGCUGUUUUUGGGAAAAUUUAAACAACCAUGUCUUAGUUGGGUAUGCGAGAUUUAGUAAAAAGUUUGCUAACCCAAUGAAAUGGAUAUGAAAAAAAUUCCAAAAUCACGGUAAGCAAACAUCUUAUCCUCCAGAAUUUUUAUAUAAUUAAAAAAAUUGAUUGAGAGAUAUAUGAGAGCGAACAAAUGGAAGAUUUUGAGCGUCGCCAACAGAGGGAACGUGAAAAACAUAAACGUCAGCAAGUGCAAAGUGUCGGCCGAGAGUAUGCCCUCUUUCCAGAACCGCGUAGAGUGAACCCGUCCGAGGUAGAUGACGAUAUCACCGCCAAACUGGGCGAUCAUUCUAAAGCCAUUGAAUUUAUGACUACGGAAGGAGUUGGUGUACAACCAUCCUCCAACAAUGCCUUGCUGGUUAGUCAUUUACAAUCAAGUGCCUCGUCCUCAACUGGCGGCAAUAAUAUCGGURACGUCUCUAUGUCCACCAAUUUAUUGUCUUCGCAUCGUUCGUUGGCUGGUUCACAGACUCUUCAGCAGACAACGCAACAAACUCAUCAUUACCAACAACCAUUGCGUCAACAACCGUAUCUGAAGCAGCCUGAUAACAAGCUACCAUAUAACGGGCGGGGAAGUUAUUCGGUUCAGUCGGCUAAAAAUGAUUUACGACCUAGCAGUGGAAUGGCGCCACCAAAAGGUCCUCCACCUUUGUUACCACCACCGUCUGGAACUAUAGGCGGCAAUACUGGAAAUAACAGCAGUUUAAAUUCAACAUCCUUGCUACCGCCACCAUCGAAUGGGUAUUUGGGUCCUCCUAAAUCAACACCGCCUCUACACAAUGGACGGUUUCCUAAACCAUUGCCGAAGUCAAUAAAUGAUAUAAUCUCCAAAGUGGAUCAAACUUAUCGCGCUCCUGAGCAAAUUACUAAAAUAGCCGCAACGCCCCGUACAAGUAUCGCUGAUUACAAUCUGAAUGGGCCUAAUCGCCACAAAUAUUCAGUUGGGCCGGUACAACCUAUUUUGGGCUCGCCACCUUCCGGAGUGGAAUUAUUACAGAGUGCGGUUCCAAUGCCCAUAACACCAAUCUCAGCUCUACCCGCAACCCCUAAUCCUCAGAUCAUAUCAAACAGUUGUGGGAUAACAACUAUUAAUAGCGGUAUGCCAACAAUAAUGUCUGGUGCUAUCCCAUCGGCUGCUAUUGGUACUACAGUGUUAAGUUCGCCGCUUGUGACGACAGCCGUUAGACAAGGAUUGUUAUUGUCUAAGGAGUCCUUAAAACCACUAAUGGAUCAAGUUGGACCAACUUUAGAAAAACAGAACUCAACGUUGGAAAACGAUUUGGAGCUUUCAGAAUCAGAUGAUGAUCGUCGAAAACAAAGUCGUUCAGUUCAUAACUCCAGUGAUAGUUCACCCUCAGAUUCUAGUGAGUCUGGUAGUGAAGAAUCUUCAAAGAGUGAAAACCAUCGAUCGUCACUUACGUCGCUUCAGCAACAAUCCUCAGCCCACAAUCCAAAAUCACUUACGCAAAAUUCACUUCAGCAACAGCAACAACAGCAGCCACAACAAACGGCUCCAUCAGUUGGGCGUACAGUUGCGAAUAAACUCAUAAAUGAUAAGUCAAAGAUGAUUGAACCUCUUAGUGGUAGCCGUUCAAAUAUUUAUCUAAACAGUAAUGCACUGGGUUCGGCGGGUUCUUCCAGUUCAGGACCGAGUUCUACGUCUUCAUCAUCCAAUAAAACUCCUUCUCCGUCAGAUUCGAGUAAAUGGAAUUUAAGUCGAUAUUUUAAUAAAAAGCCUGCCUUAGCACAAAAUGCCACUCCUCCACCAGCAAAUUCGCUGGUUGUAAAUUCAAUUAAUGUGAGCAUGGAUGAACCAACUCUUUUACCAGGUGGGGCCCAAAUAAUACCUGAAGCUACACAACCCCAACCUAAUCCCACGAUUGUGAAGCACGAAAAUACCAACUUUGUAGUAGCGAAAAAGUUCUCCGCACGCAGUGACGAUGAUGAUGAAGAGACUACUGGUCUUCGCAAUUGCGAUACACGUAGCUUGAUGUCCAAUUCAAGUGGAGCUAAAACACAUAUUAGUGGAGGUGUGCCUGCGUUUAUAAAUGAAAUAAAGAAAGAAGCUGAUGUGCUUUAUCCAAGCUCAUUGAAAGCUACUUCCUCUGGUACAACACAGGCACAUGUUCAUGUCUCAUCUCAGCAACAACAAACGCAGGUACCUCUGUUAAAUGCUGCAGAAUUUGUUGCGAUACCAACGAGCCAAAUAAAACAUGAAGUUCCUGGUUUAACAACAGUAACAACAUCAACUGUUGCUCCAAUGUCUUUGGCGGGUGGUACUACCACUGUCACUCCUUACAACACUUCUACCAUUAGCGGGAAUGGACAUAGGCGCACUCCUUCCGCAUCACCACAUAUGCGUAACAGUGUUUCGACGGGCUCGGUGAAGAGGCGUGUUGGCCAGUUAUCAGCGCCAUCCAGUGAUGGUCAUACAUCGAACAGUAGUGAUGAUGAAGAUGCGCUGACAACAUCUACAAGGUCUACCGUACCAACAUUGGGUCCAGGUGGCACGUURAAAAUACCUGGUGUACCCGCAGCUAUUACAGCAUUACCACCUUCAACGUCACAAACACUGGCAUCAGCGCCCACAGUUCCAAACUCAAUAACGGUCUUACCCAUAAAUCCUUUAACAAAGUCAGCACCUUUGCGUAAACGAAAGAAACCUCGGAAUUCGGCAACCUGCAUUACAACGCAAUUGGACACUAGUGACGAAGAAGAUAUGACAUCAGAUUUUAAAAGUGGUGGUGUCACAGUAAGCCCAACUGAGCUGAGAGCAGUUACUGGCCCAGGAGGGAAACUGUACUCGGAACCAACGCCGGUAGUGCCUGCAAAGAAAGGACCAGGCCGGCCACGGAAAACUGCUGGCAGUGGAAGUGGAAAGAAAACCAAUGCAACUCCGAUUGCUAUCGCUUCAAAAGGUCCCAAAUUAACAGCUAGCAAGGAUGUUAGUAGUGGUGCUUUGGUUGCUAAAAAGGCCACAACAAAAAGAAGAGCCUCUCGUCAAAAUUCAAAUUCGACUGGCAUCAUCCCGACGAAAUCACAUUCACAGAGUACACAACCGGCGGCACUAACAAGCGUUGAUCCAUCUUCGUCGGGCUCAACGUCGUAUUCAACAUCGAAAUCYUCUAGUUCGUCUUCUUCGGAAACGGAAUGUGAAGAUGGAGUUAUAAGCGGUUCAUCAUCCAGUGAUGAUAAUAAAAAUAAAAUCGCAGGUGUUACAAAAACAAAACGCAAUAUAUCGGCGCGACCAACAGCAGCAGCAGUAACCCCAGCGUCAACAUGUUCAGUAGCAGCAAACGUAUUGCCUGCUUCAACUAGUCGCAUUAUAGUUCAAUUGAAUAGACGUAAAUCUUCACAUGAUGAUGUCCCGCCAAUAGCAAUAUCGUCAGUAAACACCGGUGGUUCGGCCAAAAUGGCAAAUAGUGGUAAGCGAAAGAGGUCAACGUCACAUUUCACUCAGGCCGAUGUGGAGGCUGAUAGUGAUGAUGAAUCAUCAGAUUCCGGAUCUGGUUCGUACAGCAGUUCGGUCAGGAAUUAUAACGCAGGGGCAACGGCAGCUAGUUCCGUAACACAUGGUGGCAAUACGAGUGGUGGCAGUUCACAUCGCUCUCAGAAUAUGCAAUCGCCAUAUAAAGUCCCCAUUCCAGCGGCUCCUAUAUCUAGUUCGACUUCUAGUUCAAGUAGCGUGUCAUCGUCGUCAUCGAGUAGCAGCAGUGGGGAUGAACAUUUUGAUACAGAGCCUGCCGCAUCUGUUAGUAAUCGAGGCAAAAGUAGGCACAGUAAGACUAGUACCAAAGUUACUACUAAUAUCAGCAGCGGUUCUAAUAGUUCGAGACUGCGUCGUGACAAGCCCAAAGCAAGCGAUAUUAUUAAAAAUGUUACGCUUACGCGUAUUUUUAAUCCAGAAGGGGGUGCCAAAAAGCAAGGUCAGGUGCUAGUCAUCGACGAGCAGCAGCAACAAAAGUUGAUAUCUCCCAAUGCCUCUGGAUAUAGAACUACAAUGUCCGCCAGCUCAAAGUUAUCUAAUAGCCAAGAGAAUCUCGUUACAACCGCCACAGUUGUUAAUUCACAAUCACCUAGGCUAACUCCCGGACAUAUAAAAUCACCACGUGCUUUGCCUCAACUGGCAGCAGUUGGGUCGCAUCGCACACCGGAUCGUAGUAGUCGAAAUAGUGCUGAACGGAAAGUGCAACAACAACGCAUUAGAACGCCGUCUUGUACACCUACUCGCACACCGCCUACAACCAGAACGCCAACACCCACACCGGCAUCAUUACUGUCAGCACCAACAGCAUCACCUAUGAGAACAACAGCAACGUUGUUGCCUAAUUUCCCAUCCCUUAUAUGUAAAGUUGAUUUAUCUCGACUUAAACGCAUUUUACCAGAGUGGCGUACAAAUACUUAUCGGCUUUCUAAUACUACCAUAUCCCGUUGUGCCCAACACGAAGCGAUAUUAAAUGCUGAUUUGCAAGCAACAUCAACGAUAACUGGUAGUGGAAGUGGCAACAGAACACCUACAACUCCAAACUGUCCGACGGAGCGGGAACUAUCGCAUUCCAGGGAAAGUUUGGUUGGAAUUGGUGUUAGCGGAAGCAAACAAAGACUGAACACAAUGCAUUCAAAUAGCCGGUUAAGCAAUCUUUCCACAGAUGGUGGUGGCAGCGGUGGUACCACCCCCAAACAGCAGCCUCAACUUACACCAAAUGGUUAUAACUUAGUUACGAAUGCAUCAAAUAGUUCACCCUCUACUAAGCAGUUAUUAAAACAUGAGCAAUUAAUCAAAAAUGAACCAGGCUCGGAAUUAGAGAGUGUAUCCAUGGCGUCACAACCUAAAGCUGACGCGUAUUGCAGCGAAACUAAGUUUAAAACAAGCGGCUCAGUUAAACAAGAGCUUCUACUACUUAAGCAGGACUGCAAGCCUGGUUUAACUCCACAAAUCGCUUUUGUAUCCGCUGAUAAGGAAGACGAUCGGCCUGAUGGGUCACCAACCUCACAGCAAAUGCGCGUAAACGAUAUAACUGAGCCAAAAUCACAACGGCGCAAACGUAGCGCCAGCUCGAGUCCAUACAAAGACAAAAAGCGGAAAAAGGAUAAAAUGGACAAGUAUUCUAAAGAUGGUAAAGAUAUGAAGGAGGGGAAGGAAAGUGAUGCCGGUAGUGGUCCAUUAUUAACGAUACAAGAUAAAGAAAAAGACGUUGGAAAAUCGAUAACUGCUUUGGGAGCUAUUGAACGUGAUAUAGGAAGUAACGUUGGCAGUGGUCAUGCUGGAAUAAAUGACACUUAUCGACGUGCAAUUGCUAUAAUUCCGCCACUUGGAAUGAACAACAAUGGGCAAAUGGAGAAGGAUCAUCAAAUGGAAAGUCGGCAAUUAGCUCCUACCAACCACGAUCGAUUACUGGCGGUGCGACAAAUGCAGCAACAGCAGCAUCUUACUAAUGUUGCGGCUUCGAAUGGCUCACAAAAUCUAGCGAACACCCAAACGGCAAGUAAUAAUUUAAAUACAGCAACKACUGCAGAUAUUGCUGCUGGUAAUAUACUAGUGCCACCUGAAAAUCUAAACGCUCCAUUAGCACCACCACCGCAAGCAAUAUACCGAUCAUAUUUUGAACGCGAUGAUGAUGGACUCUGUGAUGAUAUUGGGAAAAAUUCGAAAUUCCUACAGGAAGCAGUUAAGAGAAAGCACGCGGCCGAUAAGGAACAAAAUCUAUUCAACCAAGUAACUCUGUAUUUGGAGGCUGUUAUAUAUUUUAUUCUAUCUGGAGCGGUAUUAGAAUUGCAUCGUAAUUCGGAGGACGCCAGUUGGGUUAUGUACAAGGAUACACUAAAUUUAAUUAAGUUUAUUUCAUCGAAGAUUAAGCAUUUGCAAGUUUCAUCUACAUCUAAUGAACUCCAUGAGCCGCACAACAAAGUUGCUAUCUUAAGUUUACGCUGCCAAUCUCUAAUCUCGCUAAAACUAUAUAAAUUAAAACGAAACUAUUGUCGGAAUAUCAUCAACCAUUGCGCAGAUUUUUUAAAGAGUGGUCGGAUGGAGGUUCUAAAUGGUAAUACACCUUCAUCUAACUCGCCAUCGAACUCAGUUUGUUCACAGGGCUCUGGUUCGAAUACACCGCCMGGACGGGGUAUGCGCCAAGAUAUUCAGAUCACAUUAAAUCACCAAAAUUUGUACUUUAAUUACUUGGCUAAUUGUCACGAUUUAUGGGAUCAAGCGGAUCGACUUGUACGGCAAGGAAACCAUACAGACUUCUUUAUAGCAUUGGAUCGUGAAAAUGGACCUCUUACGCUACACACCUCCAUGUAUGAUUUGUUUCGUUAUAUACAAUCGGGUCUUAAGAAGCUGAAAAGUGCGAAUACCACCACCACAACGUCUGCGUCUACUACAACUACAACUAAUACUAGUGGAUGCAGCGAUAGUGUGACUAUAACCGACAAUGCCUCAAUGGCUUAUGUUAAUACUACUACCACACUUAGUAACACCACACCCACCAUCAACAAAAGCGCCAGCGCCAUAAGUUCGGUAGCAUUGCAACCGCACUAGUAAUAAAAUUGGCGGUAUAUGCUUUUAUAGAUUUACUUGGGUAUAUGUGCUAUUAUUUUUCCCAUUAAACAUCCAAAAAACUUCUUCAUCGUCGCGGAAAAGAGCGUAGUUGCAUUUCUUAUUCUCUAACUUAGAAUUUAGGCAUUAAAAAGGCUUUCGUGCUAUAUAUAUACGUAUGUAUAUGUGCAGAUUUGGACGAGUGAGUGGCAGGCAGAUACUUGCUUGUUGGUCAUGAAGUUCAUUUGCAAAACAAA